UUUACACCGCACAGCCUCCUUGCAGAGAGCAGAACUCACCCCAGACAACAGCCCACAGCCAGAGUAGAGACAGAUCUGUGUGUUGAGCAAGAGGAUGACUCCUGGAACUGUGCCGCUGUUGCUGUGGUCUGCUCUGGUGGUGGCUGCAGCAGAAAGUGAAGCCGAGAGGGAGAUGAGGGGGAUGAUGGAGGAGCAGAGGGAGAUGAGGGAUCUGAUGGAGGAGCAGGUGAGGGCUCUGAUGGAGGAGCAGAUGAGGGCUCUGAUGGAGGAGCAGAGGGGGAUGAGGGCUCUGAUGGAGGAGCAGAUGAGGGCUCUGAUGGAGGAGCAGAGGGAGAUGAGGGCUCUGAUGGAGGAGCAGAUGAGGGCUCUGAUGGAGGAGCAGAUGGCUCUGAUGGAGGAGCAGAGGGGGAUGAGGGCUCUGAUGGAGGAGCAGAGGGGGAUGAGGGCUCUGAUGGAGGAGCAGAGGGGGAUGAGGGCUCUGAUGGAGGAGCAGAUGAGGAUGAGGGCUCUGAUGGAGGAGCAGAUGAGGGCUCUGAUGGAGGAGCAGAUGAGGGCUCUGAUGGAGGAGCAGAGGGUGGAGCUCAGACACACUAAGGCACAAUUGGACACCAUGGAGACCAGACUGAGAGCCAGUGAGAAACUAGUGCAACAACUAAGGAGUGACAUUGCGGUUUCUACAGGGAAUCUGAACCUCACGGGGAGCCAGAUGGAGAGAGAGGAGAGGAGGGUGGCCUUCUCCGCCUCACUGAUAACAUCAGGUCAUGUGUCUGUUGGUCCAGCCAAUACCAAUCUGACACUGAUCUACAGAAAUGUCAUUACUAACAUUGGAGAUGCCUACAACAAUAAGACAGGUAUUUUCACAGCUCCAGUCAGAGGGGUCUACUACUUUACCAUGUUUAUCUAUGGUUCCGGUCAUAAUUGGGUAUCUGUAGGAGGCUCUCUUAGUAAGAAUAAAGAGCAUGUGGUCAUUGCCUACUGUCACCUGCCCCAUGGCAAAGCCAGUGCCUCCAAUGGAGCUUCCUUGCUGCUGGAGGUGGGAGACCAGGUCUUCGUGAUCCUAUAUACUGACUCGUGGGUCCGCGACAGCUAUAACCACCACACCAGCAUCUCCGGUCACCUGCUAUUCCCCAUGUGAAGCGCUGACGAGAAUUAGAUAAUCUAUUCCAUAACAUUCACAGGAGAGGAUUAGUUUUGACUCUAUACUGAGAUGUUGCACACACUCUGUCACAUUUGUAGUGGAAAUAUUAAAAAUGUGUCAUCAAGAA